AUGGUCCGUGCUGAUCUUGGACUUCUCGUCCUCUCUGUUCUUGCAGCAUGUGGCGAUGCAAACCCUAAAGUCCGCUCUGGACAAGUGAUAUUUGAGGGCACAUCGGCGAAUAGCGUCGACUCGUUCAAGAAUAUUCGAUUCGGUCAAGAUACUAGUGGCAACAAUCGCUUUGCUCCUCCAAAGUUAUACAGCUAUCCCGCUGGCACCGUGGUUAAUGCUACCCAGUCCGGUGCAGCCUGCCCUCAGCAAGAAGACCCAAUUCCGACUUUCCCGAUCUUCGACAAUGUCACAAACGUCUCCGAGGACUGUCUUACCCUGCGAAUUGACAGACCAGCAAAUGCAACAAGUGCCGAUAGAUUGCCUGUGAUGGUCUGGAUCUACGGCGGUGGAGACACGGUCGGUCAGAUAUAUGAUACAGCCUAUGAGCCGACCGUAUUGGUUCUCGGCGCAGCUGAGGCAGGCACACCUGUGAUAUAUGUUGCGAUGAACUACAGACUUGGACUUCUUGGUUUUGCCGCAUCCCAAGCAUUGAGUGCUGAGGAUUCCCUGAACGCGGGUCUGCUCGACCAACGUCUUGCGCUCGAGUGGGUGCAGGAGCAUAUUACAGCUUUUGGUGGUGAUCCUGAAAAUGUGACCAUCUUUGGAGAGAGCGAUGGCGCCACUGGAGUUGGUCUGCAGAUCACCGCUUAUGGUGGCGAGAAGAAAGCUCCCUUUAAGCGCGCCAUCAUGCAGUCCGGUUGUGCUGUUGCUGACGCCGGCACUGCCAGCAACACCUCCAUGGAUCAUACUGCUGCAUUUAUUGAGGCUAUUAACUGCACUGCCUCUACGAGUGCCGAAGAGCUCGCUUGCCUCCGGGCGCUUCCUCUCGACACUCUUCUACCGGCUAUGAUUGAAUACGAGUUCAGCAUCCAAACAUCUGGCGGAUUGGACGUCUUCAUUCCCACAUCACCGUCAUCCUUCAUCCCCGAUAGUCCCUCCAAGCUUCUUUCUUCUGGUCGUUUCACCCGAAACAUCGAUGUAAUCGUUGGCUGGGAUGAGAAUGAUGGUUCUCUUUUCUCGGACACCUCUGCCACAACCGUCGAGGAGGUCGCCGAGUUUAUCGCGGCCCAGAACCCGAACCUCUCUGAGAAGAAUCUCGACAAAGCGAUGGCACUUUACCCCAUUUCCCAAUUCUCUGCCUACACCUCAGAGGGUAUCUCUGCGGAGUUCUUUCAAGCUAGUCAGAUCGUUCGCGACUCGCAGUUCACAUGCCCGGUUCUCUACACUGCGAAGAUGAACAGCAAGUGGUCCACUGACUCCACCGCGACCUACCUCUACGCCUUGAACCAGACUGUCUUCACGCCGUUCCUAGAGGAAUACGGUGAGCUGUUCUAUGGAGUGUGUCAUUUUAGUGAUAUCCCCUACGUCUUCAAUCAGGUGACUACAGUUUACGCGGACCUGUCCUCGGAAUCCGAUAUCGAGCUUGCAAGCGAGAUGAGUGGCAGCUGGGCCUCUUUCGCCACGUAUGGAAAUCCCUCCAAAGCCAAUGGAUCAAUCUCGGGUUGGUCUAGCGCACCGAAAUCUUCAAUCGGAGUAUACGAUGUACAGGUCAUUGGUGGACCUGAUAGCGGAAUGAGGACUAUCCGGCAUUCCUCGAGCUCGUGGGAGGACUUGGCCCGCAGAUGCGCAUUUUGGACUUCCGAGGAAGUUUUUGAACAAUUGGGUGUUUAG